AUGGGGAUGGAGUACGAGCAAGCACAGCUGGCCUCGAGCAUCCAACAUCAGGUUGAAGUCGAGAUUGCAUUGCAGUUCGGUGGAAUUGGCUUCUCGGAGUCAGUGACCAGGCCGUUGUUUAAGGAAUUGAACGUGGGUUUGUUCAAGAAGACUUUGAGGCCAGUGAAUCUAGGGAAGGUCAUGUGGUGGAAGAAGUCGGCUAUGGACAACAACAUGUCUGGCUGGGAAGCAACGAGCCGAUCAGGAGCUGGGGAUGGUUCGUACAAUGAAGCUACUAGUGGGGUUGAGAUGUGCGAACUGAUUUGGAAUUUUGGGAGUGUUUGGUUUUCAUUUAGGGUUGACGGGAUGGAAGUGCCUCGUGGUCCAUUGUUAUUAUUGGGAGGGAUAAUAAAAGGGCAGGAAAUACGUGGGAUUAGAGAAGUAAUGCAUGGAAUGAUGGAUUUGGAAGAUGAAUUUCAUAGCUUUGAAGGAUCUGAUCGAGUUCGAGUAACCCAUUCACUCGCCAUAGAGAUGAAGCUCUUGUACGUAGAAGUUGUCGAUGUUGGAUUUGUUAGAGUGUCUCAACGGAUUUGGAAGAUUCAUAUACGCAAAGGAGACUACGUGGAAUCGGACCUCGAUCUUCAACGAUCACUAUUUCCAAACUCGGCCUUAAGGACAAGGUCGUUUUUCAGGUGGUGGUAA